CCUCCCGGCUUACUAAAAGGAGCCCAAUAACAUACCAGGAGGAACCUCGGGGACUUUAUCGACUAUGAGCUGCGAGUGAAAGGGCCUCGCCAUGGACCUGUACAAAGCAGCUCUCCUCCUGGGAGCCCUGAUCUGCACUGUUAGUGGUACUGAGGUCGACGGCUACGCCAAAACUGAAGGAGCGUGGAUCCUCUCGCUGCAGAGGAGACAGUACGCUACAAACACUGCGACCGAGUGCUCCGUCAAAUGUAACGCUGAAACAUCCUUCACAUGCAGGUCUUUCAUUUAUAUAGAAAAGGACCAGGAGUGUUGGACAGCAGCAGCAAACUCUAAAACAGAGACGAUCCUGCGUAGAAGCAGCACAUCGCUAUAUGAAAAAAAAGAUUACCUCCUGGAGUGUGUAAACGGAAACGGAAAAGAUUACAGAGGGACGAAGUCCAAAUCAAAAACAGGGAAGGUGUGUCAGAGAUGGGCAGCCAAAUACCCACACAGGCCCAACUUCGUGCCGGAGGAUCACCCCAGGGAGGACCUGGAGUCUAACUUCUGCAGGAACCCUGACGGAGACAGCGGGGGCCCCUGGUGUUACACCACAGACGCCAACACCCGCUGGGAACACUGCAACGUUCCCAGCUGCACCGAGGAGUGUAUUCACUGCAGCGGUGAGAACUACAGAGGGAAAAUCUCCACCACAGAAAACGGCUUCACCUGCCAACGCUGGGACGCCCAGCAACCUCACAACCACGGAUACAUACCCAGCGCUCUUCCAGACAAAUAUCUGGAGGAGAACUACUGCAGGAACCCUGACGGAGACCCCAAACCCUGGUGCUUCACCACCAGCCCGUCCAAACGAUGGGACUUCUGCUCCAUACGCCGCUGCACCUCCGAGCCUCCCACCAUCGUCCCGGAGCUGACCUGCGCCUCCGGAGAAGGCGGAGCGUACCGAGGAACGGUGGCCGUGACCGAAACCGGCAAAACCUGCCAGAGCUGGAAGGCUCAGACGCCCCAGAAACACAACCGCACACCGGACAACUACCCCUGCAAAGGCCUGGAUAACAACUACUGCCGUAACCCUGACAACGAGAGGAUGCCCUGGUGCUACACCACCGACGCUCAGACCCGCUGGGAGUACUGCAAGGUGCCGAGCUGCGCAGACGCUGCCGGAUCAGAAUUGCCGGUGACCACUCCUGAGGAGGAGGACUGUUAUGAGGGGGACGGGACCACUUACCGGGGGAUAACUUCAGAGACCAUCAGCGGGAAGAGAUGUCAGGCCUGGAGCUCCAUGACGCCUCACAACCACAAAAAGACUCCUCAGGCCUUCCCCACAGCAGACCUCCGGAGGAACCUGUGUAGGAACCCAGACGGGGACCGAGCCCCCUGGUGUUACACUACGGACCCUAGUGUCCGCUGGGAGUACUGCAACCUGGACAAAUGUGCCGCUGCUCCUGCAGCAGGAGGCGCCACCAAACCCCCGAAGCCUGCGGGCCCCACCGAGGCUGCCCCAGAGAAAGACUGUAAGAUUGGCAGAGGGGACGCAUACCGGGGUCCGACCUCCAUCACCGUGCUGGGAGUGACCUGCCAGGCCUGGAGCGCCCAGAGCCCCCACCAACACGUCAGCUUCACCCCACAGAGCCACCCCACCAAGGGCCUGGACGGAAACAAAUGCAGAAACCCAGACAGCGACGUGAACGGACCGUGGUGCUACACGACCGACAGGAACAAGAAGUGGGACUACUGUCAGAUCCCCAACUGUGCGGGGCUGGAGUGUGGGACGCCCGUCAUCAAACCAAAGCGUUGUUUCGGUCGGGUCGUGGGCGGCUUCGUGGCUAAACCGUACUCGUGGCCGUGGCAGAUCAGCCUCCGCACCAACACUGGAAUUCAUUUCUGUGGAGGAACUCUGAUUCACCCUCAGUGGGUUAUUACAGCUGCUCACUGCCUGGAGAGGUCCAAGCGGCCAUCAGCGUAUAAAGUGGUGCUGGGCGUCCAUACGGAGUUAGCCAGGGAGCCGUCCAAACAGGAGAGGAACCUGGAGAAACUGAUCCUGGCUCCUAACGGGGUCGACAUCGCCCUGCUCAAACUGCAGAGCCCUGCACUGAUCAACGACAAAGUCCUGCCGGUCUGUCUGCCGGAGAAGGAUUACAUCGUCCCCAGUGGGGUCGAGUGUUACGUCACCGGGUGGGGUGAAACUCAAGGUACGGGAGGCGAAGGCUUCCUGAAACAAACCUGUUUCCCCGUCAUCGAGAACAAAGUCUGCAACCGCCCGUCGUACCUGAACGGACGAGUCAAAGACCACGAGAUGUGUGCCGGAAACAUCGAGGGAGGAACCGACAGCUGCCAGGGCGACAGCGGCGGCCCGCUGGUGUGUAACUCCCAGAACAGGUACAUCCUGCAUGGAGUGACAUCAUGGGGUCUGGGCUGCGCCAACGCCAUGAAGCCCGGCGUCUACGCUCGCGUCUCCAAGUUCACCGACUGGAUCGACAGAACCAUGAAAGCCAAUUAAAAAACCAUCCACGUUGAACAAAUACAGCAGCUUCAGUGGCAGAAAGUGACUGUUGGUCGUGGUUUUUUGAACUGUUCUGCUCCAACAUGACGACUUUAGUUUGUUACUUAAAAAAACACUAAAAGCACGUCAUGUUGACACAAGUUGAAUUUCUCUGAUAAAUAAUUAAAUAAGAAAAUUGGACUAAAAUGGAAUUUAUAUAUAAAAAACUUUUCCAAGAGCCAACAAGUGUCCUGAAUAUUUGAAAAAACAAAGUUGGGUCUUCACAUGCUAUACAUAAUGAAGUGUUGUCAUGUUUCCAGCAUCUCCUGUCCUCUCCUCUCAGCUCUGUGUAAACAGAUUUUCAAUGAAUAUUUGUCUUCAGUGUCUCUAAAGAGCAGAAUUUAAUGUUUUAACAUGAUCUAGUUAUUCCAAACGGUUUAAAUGAGACAUGUAGAAUAAAGUGAUUUUGACAGAAAAAUC